AUGAAUUAUGACCAAUUACAAUUAUUAUUACCUACAUUAUCAACAGUAAAUUUGACGAAUGAUAAUGUUGAUCAUGAUGAUCAUGAAAAUUGUUUAAAUCGCAAAUUUCUAAAUGAUUUUGAUAUGAAUUUAAAUGAAAAUAGUAUUGUAGUAACUGAACCAGUACAAAUUACUGAUCGAUCAUUUUCAAAUCAAUCGAUUACAAAUGAUUAUAAAGUUAAUUUGUUAACAUCUAGUGAAUGUCUUUCUUCUUCUUUAGAAAAUCAAAAAUUAGAUGAUUUACAACAUAAUACUAUUCUUUAUAAUGGUAGUUAUAUUAAUUUAGAUAAUGGUAAUUUUCCAAUUCGUUCACAUUCAUUUUUUCACUUACGCCAAUUAGAUUCCCUUAGUUCAAAUGGAUCUCAUUCUAAACCUGAUACAGAUAUAUUAUAUCCUAUGAAUGGUUCAUUCAAUCAAUUAGCUAUUCGUGUUUCAUCAUCACCUAUGUCAAUUUGUAGUAAUAAUAUCUUUUAUCAACAGAAUAAUUGUUCAGAAGAUCAAUAUAAUAAAACUACUUUUAAUGGUAACAAUUAUGGCGGUAGUAGUAUCAAAAGCAGACGGAGUAAAUGCGAGAAAUAUAUCAGUCCGGACAAACACACUUGUAUUAGAUCAUAUUCAGCUAUGAGACAUCCAAACGAAUGUAAUAUACGUGUAUUUCGUUCACCUCUCGAUGUUCUCUCACCGUGUAAAGGAAAACUUCGAUUGGAUAUAGAAUAUCAAAAUCAUUCAAUUAAAUUACACGUAAUUGAAGCCAAAGGACUUCGUACUACUACCAGUCAGAACUGCAACUCUUUCGUGAAAAUAAGUGCAUCUCCAGACAAAGGCGUUACAUUUGAACAAACUACUGAAAUAGUCGAAAAUUCAGCAACACCAUGUUAUAAUAAAGAAUUUUUGUUAAAUUUAAACAAAAUAAAAUAUUGUAAAAGAAUUCAUCUUGCAAUCUAUGCUCAAUCAACUAAGGAGUUAGACUGUGAAUUUCUUGGUGGAAUGUCUUUUGGUAUUCCCAGUAUACAAAACAAGAAACACAUCUCAGGUUGGUAUUAUUUACUAGAUGAAAAAAUGUUUAAAAAGAAGCACCUCAAAACUGCUUUAGAUCCUAUCACCAACUUUGAAAAUGUUUUAUGUGCAACAAAUGAAUUAAUCGUAUCAGAUAUAAUGAAAACCGAAGCUGUCACUGAUGCUGUGACAACAAACACAUCAACAACAAAUCAACAAAUUCCUAUUAUUCUAACAUCAAUUAAUGAACAUGUCACACAACCAAGUACAAAUGAAAUUCAUCCUAAUAUAAAUCGUAAUUUCGCUAGUAAUAAUCACAAUAUAAAUAAUCAUUGUUCCAGGGAAUUUCGUCCAGUAUUGUCACCUACUAACUUUAUGAUUUAUUCACAAAAUCUGCCUAAUACAUUGUUACCAUAUCAAAUUAGUAACCCACCAGUUAAUUCACAUUUUCCACAAUUUUCAUCACCAGUUCCUAUACGAGCAAAUAUGUCAAUUCCAAAUACGAAUAAAGCUUUAAGUAAUAUGAGAAUAUUUCAAUUUCUUAUUCAAAAAGGUUCUAAGGGAUACGGAUUUACUUUAUGUGGUAAUUGUCCAGUUUACGUUAGCCAUGUGGAACCGGGUUCACCGGCAAUGCAGUGUGGAAUACAAGCUGGUGAUUUUAUAGUUGCAAUUGAUAACAUAAAUGUCUCACGAUCCACAAGUAAUAGUGUUGUUCGCAUGUUCAGAAUGUCUCAGCAUCCUGUUCAUAUUACUAUUUCACGUCCUGUCCUGAUAAAACCUAGUAUGUCAACUACCAGUAAUGCACACUCAACUAGUAGUAGAUCUCUUGGAAAUUUAAUUAAUAAAACAUGUUUUUCUGCACAUAAAAAGUUAUCAAAGGGAUCAACAAAAUUGAUUCAACCAACAAAUAUUUCAAAAGUGAGUCAUUCAGAGUUUUUUUCAUCUUUACCAUAUCAUCAACAUCCUUAUGAUAUAUCUUCACUACCAUCAUCUUCAUUCAUAACAGUUCCAUUAACUUCAUCUUCAUUUAUUGACUGUUUAAAACUUUCCAGUUAUCUUAAUUCAUCGAAUUUACAUCACAAUUCCAGUUCAACAAUUUGUUCAUCUAUAAAUCAUUGUAUAAUACCGAAAUUCUCUAUUCCUCAAUCUAUUUCUUUACAUAAAACAAUGGAUGAACAAUUGACUAGAAUACAUCAAGAUAAUUCUCAAAUAGCUUCUAUUCUAUCCCCUAAUCAAAAUAUUCCUCAUCAUAAUCAGGAACAACAACAACAACAACCAAUAAAUGCUGUAGACGAUAUCGCUUUAGUUAGAAUACCAUGUAACGAAAAUUAUACAAAAUCUAAUAAAACACUGGUUUGUUGUUCAACUUUUGAAUAA